ACAUCGGUUUAGUAGUGUAGCAUAUCAUGUCUCGUCUGUGUUUAUGUUUAUGAAAAAGAGGUGUUUAGUUUGAAUUUAACAACAUUGGAAACAUCUCAGCUUUUCUUUUAACCACUGGACUCAGUUUAAGGUCUAAAAAGAUGUCGAUGUGGCAGCAGGAGUCGUCAAGUUACUCCCCUUGCAUAGAGAUUGACUCCAGCUCCAUAAGGACCAAAGACCGACUCGGCUCCACGAGCUGGCUGAAGCAGGAGCAGGACGACCUCCGCAUUAUCAAAUGGGAAAACUUCCAAACUGGAGCUUCAGCAGAUGCUGUUCAGGACAACACGCCCAGCAGUGCCAUGUCUGCUUUAAAUUUUGAGGGCUUACCCCCGAGGGUGUUGUUGACCAUCACGAAGCUGCAGUGCAUGCUGGAGAGCAAACAGGAACGCAUCACUACACUGGAGAAACAGGUGGAGGACCUGAUGCAGGACCGCAAGUUUCUGCGCAGCCAGAUCGAUAACCUCACAAGCAUUCGCUCCAUGCCAGCGUUCGCUACACCCUGUUCAACAACUGAAGUUCCUAAAUCAAGCAAAGUGCAGCAUUCGGAAAAUAAAUCUCGAAAGAGAGAAAGGGCUUCUUCUUGUUCCUCUGCCAGCAGCGACACUGAUUCUGAGGGGUCCGACUCUUCAGUAGUGUCAGCUGCCUCAAGUGAGCACAGAAGGAAGAAACGCCAUAAGGACAAGAAAAAGUCGAAGAAAGGGAAGGACUACAGCAGGAAGAGAGCCACUGGUGUCCAGUACGUAAUUCAACGCUACAAACAAGUACUCUCGGCCUUUAUCAAAAAGAAAAACAUGAGUGACGCCUUCCGCCAUCUUGGAAUCGACAGAAACACCAUUGCCAACACUGCAUCGAUUGCAGAGCUUCAUCUGGCAGACAAAGACAUGGUGCCCUUGGUGGGUGCGUUUCGCCAAGGAGAUGAGACUCUGGUGAGUUACGCCCAACGGUGCACCAUGGUCAUCGACAGUGACGCUGAGCUGGCCCGAAAAAUCGACCAGAUGAAGGCCAACGGAGAGCUUCUGCCCAUCUCAGGGAAAAGACAGAGGUUGUUGCAUUCUCACAUUCAAGCACUAGGGGGAGCUACAGAGAGCAUUUUAAUAGGAUGAUCGUUUAUUGACUUUAGGAGCAAGAGGCAUGACCUCUUAGCAAAAAAAAAAAAAAAAGUUAUUUUCACUUUAAGUUGCUCUUUUAUGUAGCAUUUGUUGAAUCUUAAUUUUUGUCUCUACAGGACCAAAUGUGUUUGAUGACUAUGGUACUUAUUUAUAAUAAUUGAUAUUGUUUACUUUCUUCUUUGUUUUUUUUAAUGUUUGUAAAAACAACUUUCAUUCAUUCAGAAAUUAGCUUUAUUAUUUUAGCAUUUUUAUGUCUGCUGUAACAGAAAGGACCACAAGAUGGCAGCGCUGACAUGAUAGAUUACACUAACCAAUCACUUGGUCAUUUAUGGUAAAAUGGUGGUUAGACGGUUGAUUUUUAUAGAGGGUGUUUAAAGUCUUUGUUAUAACAUUUUCUUACGUGAUUUAUUUGCUGUAAGUA